AUGAUAACAUUGGGUAGGAAACUAGGCCCAAGGGUGGAAGGUUUACAAUAUGGUGGAACUAUUACAAAGCAGAUCAAGAGACUUGGUGCUUCUUGUGAUUGGUCUAGAGAGCACUUUACACUUGAUGAACAGCUAAGUCAAGCAGUAGUUGAGGCAUUUGUUAGACUUCAUGAGAAAGGUUUGAUUUAUCAAGGUUCAUAUAUGGUAAACUGGUCACCUACUCUACAAACUGCGGUUUCUGACUUGGAAGUUGAAUAUUCAGAAGAGUCUGGAUAUCUGUAUUAUAUCAAGUAUCGUGUUGCCGGAAGCUGCUUUAGUAGCAGCAUCCCACAGUGCUUUAGCACUGUUAUGGUAUCCCAUCCUGAGAAGGGCCUCCGGAGUGAAUUCUUGACUGUGGCUACAACACGACCGGAGACUUUAUUUGGUGAUGUGGCACUAGCAGUUAAUCCAAAGGAUGAUCGAUAUUCCAAGUAUAUUGGGAUGAUGGCAAUUGUACCUCAGACAUUUGGCCGUCAUGUUCCUAUCAUUGCUGACAAGCUAGUGGAUAAAGAUUUUGGAACUGGAGUGUUGAAAAUUAGUCCAGGACAUGACCAUAAUGACUAUUUACUAGCUCGAAAGCUUGGUCUUCCGAUACUUAAUGUGAUGAAUAAGGAUGGGACACUAAAUGAUGUUACUGGGUUGUACAGUGGCCUUGAUCGUUUUGAGGGCCGAAAAAAACUAUGGGCAGAGCUGGAGGAGACAGGAUUGGCGGUGAAAAAGGAACCACACACAUUAAGAGUUCCUAGAUCCCAGCGUGGUGGAGAAGUGAUAGAGCCACUUGUUAGUAAGCAGUGGUUUGUGAGUAUGGAGCCUCUUGCUGAGAAAGCACUUCAAGCAGUUGAGAAAAAAGAAUUAACCAUAAUUCCAGAAAGAUUUCAGAAGACCAUGAACGUCUCCACCCUCCCUGAAAUUCAUCAGGUGAGAGUUUGCAGUUCUGGUGGAACCUAUAGGCUGAUCAGAUUGCUCAAAACCCAAUGGUUUUUUGCCAUCAAGGGUAACUCCACCCGUAAUGCUCAGCCUGUGUUACCUGUAUGGUACAUUGCUGGAAAAGACAAUGAAGAAGAAUAUAUAGUUGCUAGAAAUGCUAAAGAAGCACUUGAGAAAGCUCGCAUGAAAUAUGGGAAGGAUGUAGAAAUAUAUCAAGAUCCUGAUGUUCUUGAUACGUGGUUUUCUAGGUAG